GCCGAGCGAGUCUCCUGUGUACCCAGGAACAGCUGCCGUCGGGGCGUCAUGACCUUUUUUGUCUCCCGGCGGUCAGGUACGGAGCGGCGGGGGGGCGGAGACAAAGGAGGAGCAGCCUCGUAUCGGACUGGUCCCGAAGUCCCGGACAAUAAAUAAAUGGCCGUGAGCCGACAGAGAGCGGCGGUGUGAGGCGAGUUGCCUUUUAUUCUGCGCACGGCUUGCUUACGGAGCUGCGUCCAUGCGCGCAUAGCGGGUUAAAAGGGGCCAAGAGGCGCGCUUCAUCCUCCCUGUCACUAACCUACAUUUUUUAUCUCUGGGAGAAUGAGGGAGUCCUGCUGACACCACGGAGAGAUACACGCUGAGACCGACUAUGGCUGUGGACGCGGCGUCCAGCUUCAGUUUUUGCCGUGCCUCCCUGGAGCACACGGUGUCUGCUGAGGAGCUGGGCUACCAGCUGCCGCGUCGGGCCGGAGGCAGCAACCUGACCUGGCACGACGGCCGCGGCCAGAAGACAGCGCACACACGCACCGUCAAACUGCUGCAGCAGCCUGGCACAGAGGGUAUCCAGCUGCAUCCAGGUGAAGCCUUCACCGUCUAUCACACCAGUCCUACACUGUCCUGUCUGUCCAAACCUGUGGUGCUGUGGACUCAGCAGGAUGUCUGCAAGUGGCUGAAGAAACACUGUCCUCACAACUACCUGACCUACGUAGAGGCCUUCUCCCACCACGCCAUCACAGGUGCCGCGCACAACAGAAAGAUGCAUGCACACUUUGAAUUUUCUUUACAACUAAGAUUAGUUGUAGCUGCAGCAGGCUGGGGUCGCUACGGGAUUCUCAUGGCAUGAAAACCUUGAGAAACA